CACGUGACAAGGGGCGUGGCCGCUCUCCGUUUUAUUCCAGCUGUAAAAUGGCGACGGUGCAUCUGCGGAUUGGGGAUCUUGUUUGGGGAAAGCUUGGGCGUUACCCACCAUGGCCAGGAAAGAUAGUGAGCCCCCCUAAGGACCUGAAGAAGCCGAGGGGCAAAAAAUGCCAUUUUGUGAAAUUCUUUGGAACUGAAGAUCAUGCGUGGAUCAAAGUAGAACAACUGAAGCCUUACCACCCUCACAAAGAGGAGAUGAUCAAGAUAAAUAAAGGAAAGCGUUUUCAGCAAGCGGUAGAUGCUGUGGAGGACUACCUAAAGAAAGCAAAGGGGAGAGAACAGAACUCUGAUGGCAAAGGAGAGUCCAAAGGAAAGAAGGUUCAGAAUAAGCCACUGAAAAUACUGGAGGAGGACGACGAAGACCUCAGUACUCUGAAGGAUCCCUCUGAGAAGCGUGUGAAGGAUGACCCACAUUUUCAUCACUUCCUACUCAGCCAGUCAGAAAAGCCUGCCUCAUCAAUGGAGCCCAUUAGCAAGCGCCUGAAGAUCAUUGAAGAGAACCCAGGCUCCACCUCCAUCCAGGCAGCAGACAGCACUGCCGUCAAUGGCAGCAUCACACCUACAGACAAAAGGAUAGGCUUCCUGGGUCUUGGGCUGAUGGGGAGCGGUAUAGUUUCCAACCUGUUGAAGAUGGGCCAUGUUGUCACAGUGUGGAACCGAACAGCAGAAAAGUGUGACCUCUUCAUUCAGGAGGGCGCCCGGUUAGGGCGGACUCCAGCUGAGGUGGCCUCAAUGUGUGACAUCACCUUCUCCUGCGUCUCUGACCCAAAGGCAGCCAGGGAUUUGGUUUUAGGUCCCAGUGGAGUGCUGCAGGGAAUCAGGCCCGGCAAAUGCUACGUGGAGAUGUCCACUGUUGACCCAGAAACCAUCACAGAGCUCUCACAGGUGAUCACAUUGCGGGGUGGUCGUUUCCUGGAGGCUCCGGUGGCUGGCAGCCAGCAGCUCUCCAACGAUGGCAUGUUGGUCAUUCUUGCAGCAGGUGACAGGACGGUCUAUGAGGACUGCAGCAGUUGCUUCCAGGCCAUGGGCAAGACCUCCUUCUUCUUGGGUGAAGCAGGGAAUGCUGCAAGGAUGAUGUUGAUUCUCAACAUGGUUCAGGGGAGCUUCAUGGCGACCAUUGCAGAGGGUCUGACCCUUGCUCAGGCCACUGGUCAGUCACAGCAGACCUUCCUGGACAUACUGUGCCAGGGCCAGAUGGCGAGCACGUUUGUGGACCAGAAAUGCCAAAAUAUUCUACAGGGCAACUUUAAGCCAGACUACUAUUUGAAACACAUUCAGAAGGACCUGAGGUUGGCCAUCUCCAUGGGCGACAUGGCCAACCACCCCACCCCGAUGGCUGCAGCCGCUAACGAGGUCUAUAAGCGGGCCAAGGCGCUGGACCAGUCAGACAACGACAUAUCGGCCGUCUACAGAGCCUACAUCCACUAGGGGGAGGUGACGCCUCCUCUGCCCCGCCUCCUUUAAUCCAUUAGUUCUUCUCUUCUACUCACUUUCUUUCUAACUGCGCUUGUUUAAUUAGCCACGUGGGCUCAGCUCCCUCUGCUGGAGCUUUGGAGUGUUGCGCUUUGGGCACAGAAACCCUGAAGAUCCCGUUAUUUUUCCUGAUCACCGUGUGACUUUGCUUUAGUUCUGAGGACGUGCCGCUGCCUUGCCUUAAAGUCGUGAGCCCCUGGAUGUAUUUAUUUAUUCCUCAGUUGUUGUUUUUUUGGGCGGGUCUUGUCUGUGUGUGAGGACGGGCGUGUCAGGUGUUGUUCUCCUCCUGUUUUGUUGUUUUGUCUCUUUUGGACAUGGAUGGUCGUGGUUUUAAUCGGGAUCUUUACGUCCCUCGCUGUCUGUUUGCAGACUUUGUGAGCUGCUGAUGCUUGUUUUAAGGUUCAUUAAAUUUUAAUGACCUGACGGUGGAACUCUGGCUGUGAUUUUCUUUUAUUAGAAGUUCAAUGCUUGAAAAAAAAAAUAAAAAU